GAGCGGCGGAGGGAUCUACGGAGCGACAAAGAGAUGCGACAGAGAUCGCGGAGAGGGGUGCACUGACACGGAGCAGAUGACAGACUGUGAGAAUCACGUUGGUGUAUGUCUGUAAUUUAAACGAGUUAUAUUCCCGAAAAACAAGCGAACAAACAAAAGCCAAACUCUGUCCAGUUCAGCAGAUUCAAACCCCUGGAGAACAUGGAGAGGAAAAGCAGAAACGAGGAAAACGAGGAUGAACGGAGGCAAGCCCUGCUGGGAAGAAGUUCCGGAGCAAGCCACAGCUGGCCCGUUACCUUGGCAACUCCGUGGACCUGAGCUCCUUCGACUUCCGCGCGGGGAAGAUGCUGAUGGGUAAACUGGGCAAGAGCCGGCAGAGACUGCGCUAUGAUAACAGUCAUGUUAAGGGCAAACCUGACCUCAGCACCUCUCUGCCAGUGCGACAGACAGCAUCCAUCUUCAAACAGCCUGUCACCAAGGUCACUAAUCACCCCAGCAACAAGGUGAAGACUGACCCUCAGAAAGCCAUCGACCAGCCCAGACAGCUGUUCUGGGAGAAGAAGUUGAGUGGCAUGAACGCCUUUGACAUUGCGGAGGAGCUGGUGAAGACCAUGGACCUGCCCAAGGGGCUGCAGAGGGUGGGUCCCGGGUGCACGGACAGGACGCUCCUGUCGGCCAUCUCCAGCGCCCUGCACACCAGUGCUGCCCCCAUCACCGGCCAGGUGUCCGUGGCCGUGGAGAAGAACCCAGGGGUGUGGCUGAACACGGCUCAGCCCCUCUGCAAAGCCUUCAUGGUCUCAGAUGAGGACAUCAGGAAGCAGGAGGAGCUGGUGCACAGGGUGAGGAAGAGGCUGGAGGAGGCCCUGAUGGCAGACAUGCUGGCCCAUGUGGAGGAGGUCCCCGGAGACGGUGACGGGCUCGAGGAGCGGAACCAACCGGACAAUGACGAGAAGGCCUUAUAGCAAAUGAAGAGCAUUGGGAGUUGGAGCACUAGGGGGUGGUAUAGAGCUGGCCUGGAAAAUGGUAUUCUCCACAUGUCUGCGCCGGACUUUACCGUAGAUAUUCUGUUAUGACCAGAUACUCGGCGCCAUUGUACCUUCUGUCCUCUGUCAGGGCAGCUCUGAAGUCAGCAGAACCUCCUGCUGCCAGCUGUUCUAUGCUGAAAAUGGAUGUUCUGAUGUUCUGUGCCCCUUCAAGUAUGUUCGUAACAAGCUAGCAAAUCAGAACGCUUGUAGCUUAAACAAUGGCACACAGAAAUUUCCGUGUGAUGUGCACCAACCUCAUCGUCUGGUCCAUGUAAAAAGAAUUUUUGACCACCUGGGGCCCUGUUGCUACCUGCCCCCAUCUCGUACUACAAAAUCUGAACACUCGAAUUUCCUUUCCUCCAAAGCCUUGGAACACCCACCUCAAUCUGCCAUGAAGCAUUCCUGUUAUGGUCCACUAUCAGAUUGAUUGAUAAAUUCAUAUUUUCUCUCUAUUAUUUUUUGGCAAUUUAAUAUUAUUUGAUUUUUGGGAUGUGUGAAGUUAUACAUGACUUUUAAUUGUAUAAAUGCAUUUUUUAUGUGUGUUGAAAUAUGUUUAUGUAUGUUUGGGGCGGGGUGAGUUGUCAUGUUAUGAUAUAUUGAUGUAAAUUUGUAGUAGAGCAUUCCCCUUUUCCCAUUUGUCACUCACACUCCUGUGUUCCUUCUCUAGUGAUGUGUUUGGGUGGGGAAUAAUCACAAGGGGCCAGCAGUAGAGCUUGAAUUUGCUGGUAGCUGAUGAGACAGGGGCUCUGAGUGUGACUUGAGGCAAGUGAAUGGAGAAAUAUCUGCUCUGUCACAAUUUUUGUUUUUUUGUGUUAGACGGUAAAGGAGGAGGUUUAUAUGCCGACUGUGGUGUCAAAUAAAUAGAAAAAGGUCAAUAACCAGUAAUGUACGUAAACUAAUUCUUUAGUGAUACUGAUCAGAAAACAUGACAGAGGAUGCUCUGUGAAUGGGUUCUUUAGUUUUGACUAAAAAGAAGGACCAAGUCUUUGGGGGGGGGGGGGGAGG